AUGUUUUUUUUUAUUCUUGUUUUAAUUGUCGUUGCUCUGGCAGCUCUGAAUCACGCGGCCUCUCGUAUUCGGUUCAAUCCCGCCCGUGUGAAGUAUGACUAUGACGCCAUUGUUGUGGGCGGAAGUAUCGCCGGGCCGACAAUCGCAAAGGCACUCUCCGAUCAGAACCGCAAGGUCCUCCUGCUGGAGCGCACACUCUUCACAAAACCAGAUCGCAUUGUGGGUGAACUGCUGCAGCCCGGUGGAGUUAACGCGUUGAAACAACUUCAUAUGGAUGAGUGUGCCAGUUCUAUUGGUAUGCCGUGCGAUGGAUAUGUGGUGGUGGAUGAGUUCAAACACGAGGUGGAGCUUCCCUACAGCAAAGGCCUUCAAGGCUAUUCAUUUCACUUUGGAGAUUUUGUACAAAACUUGCGGCAGUACGUCUGGCGCAACUGUGCUGCAAAUGUUACGAUGCUGGAGGCAACCGUGAAUGAAGUGCUGGUGGAGGGAACCGCAUGGCAAGAGAGGGCAUACGGUGUGGAGUAUUCCAUCAAUGCAAAUUACAAACCACCAAGUUCACCCUUCCAUGGCACAUCUUCGCAAACACAAACAACUGAAGAGACCGUACGACGUGUGGCAACAGCACCGCUCAUUAUCAUGUGUGAUGGAGGUGCUUCUAAAUUUAAGGCAAGAUUUCAGCAUUAUAAUCCAGCUCCAAAUUAUCAUUCUAAUUUUGUCGGUCUUGUUGUGCGUAAUGUGAAACUACCUGUGGAAAGACAUGGUACUGUCUUUUUUGGCAAGACAGGUCCCAUUCUCUCGUAUCGCCUUGAUCCAAAUGAAAUUCGUAUGUUAAUUGAUUACAAUCAACCAACUCUUCCAAGUUUAGAAAAACAAAGUGAAUGGCUUAUUGAGGAAGUUUCACAAUACUUACCUGCUGAUAUGCGUAGUGAAUUUAUUAUUGCCUCUAAGGAUCUUAAUGGCAUUAGAUCCAUGCCUGUGGCACGUUACCCUGCAGCCUUUCCUUCUAUUAAGGGUUAUGUGGGUAUUGGUGAUCAUGCAAAUCAACGUCACCCAUUAACUGGAGGAGGAAUGACUUGUGCCUUUAAUGAUGUGCUUCAUUUGUCCAAACAACUUGCUACUCUUCCUAAAUUAAGGAGCGAAGAUGCUACAGAGAUGGCUAAUAUUGAAGAUAAAAUUCAAGAGGCUAUUAUAGAAUAUGCCCGAACACGAUACUUACAUAGCAGUUGCAUCAAUAUCCUUUCUUGGGCUCUUUACGCUGUGUUUAGUAUCCCGGCGCUUCGCAAUGCAUGUUUUGAUUACUUUUUAUGUGGUGGUGAUUGUGUAAGUGGCCCCAUGUCACUGUUGGCAGGUGUGGAUUCUAAUCCUCUUCAUUUAUUGCGUCAUUACUAUCAGGUGAUGUUUCACGGUGUCUUUAAUCUUCUUACGUGCAGCGGAGCCUACAGCUGCCGUGGAGAGGAAAGUUCUGGAUUUGCUACAAAGUGUUUUAACGCCGUGACAUUCUUUGUGAAUCCGUUCCGUCUUGUUAAUGCCUUGUACAUUCUUAUUGUAUCAACAGCUGUUUUUGUACCACUCGCCUUUAUGGAGUUCGUCUCUCUGUGGCGGUUUGUUGAUCCAACGACCUUCAUCUCCACAUUGACACGAAAAGUAAAUGUUGUUCUGUAUCGUGUCUUCUUUAAUGGCAAGAAUCGAAAACCGGUGGGCCUUUAA